AAUAAAUCAAAACUGUUAAUUAAGCUAAGGAACGAACCUUAAAUCAGAGUUUUUAGAGAUGGUAAGGACCCAUACGUGUCACCGUUUCAUUGGUUCAAAAUUUUGACAAAACAAUUUUAUUUUUUUCUCGUGUCUCUUUCUUUUGCUCGUCUCUCUCUCUCCUUGUUUUCUCCAAUGGCCACAGAUGAGAUAUGUCUCUAUCAUCAUCAAAGUAAUGAGAUCGAAGGAAUUCUCGACACACAACGAUGCCGGAUCAUAAGAUCGAGUUAACUGAUUCCGGUUUGCUUCAGGCGCAGGAAGCCAGAGCUCGUCUCCACACUUUGAUUGGAUCAAAUCCUUCUUCACCGGAGUGGCGUGUGUACUUCUACGUUUCGCCGUAUGAUCGGACUCGAUCUACUCUCCGGGAGAUCGGACGGUCGUUCUCGAAUCGCCGUGUGAUUGGUAUUCGCGAAGAAGGGAAUAGGAUUUUGGGAAUUUUUCUAUCGGUUCUGGGAGGGAGAAUCAGCCGCCGACGUUUUCUAUCGUGUCUCAAAUUCUUACUGGUAAACCCUUUGAAAAGGUAGCUUUCAUUGUAUGAUGAUCUAAGGUAGUUUCUUGCAUUUUCAGUUCUUGUUGAAACAUUGGAUAAAUGCUUUAGCAAUGUCAAUCACUCGACAUUGUGUUAUUACAACAAGGUAAUGCUAUUUGCAUAAUAGUUCGUCCUUCCAUAAAUUUGCUGUUAUAUUCAAUUACUGAUGCUGAUUUUUUGAUUUGGCACGAAUCAAGCUAAUGACUAAUGGUUAUUCCGAUUUUUGAUUUGUAUUUUUUUUUAAUAUCUUUUUUAUGUCAUGUAUGUUUAAAAUUUUAAGAAAUUGUAAUAAU